CCAACCACAGCACAAGAUGAGUCGAUUGGCAUUUGUGUGGAGUUGUUUGCUGUUCGCAACUGUCAGCUGGGCAACACCUCAUUAUGAUGGACGCAUUGUGGGUGGCCAGGUGACAGAGAUACGCAAUUUCCCAUACCAGGCAUCCAUACAGCUGCACGGUCAGCACAUCUGCGGUGGCGCCAUUAUCGGAGAUUACUUCAUAUUAACCGCUGCCCACUGCUUCGAGGGAGAGUGGUCAGAGCCCGAUUACAGCGUAAGAUUGGGCUCCGCGGAGCAUGCGAUGGGUGGCGAGUUGCUCAGUUUGCGGCAGAUCAUACGUCAUGGAGCCUACGACACUCUGACACACGAUAAUGACUUGGCACUCUUGCUGCUCAAUGGCAGACUCAACUACACGGAGGAACUGCAGGCAGUGCCUUUGGCCUCGGCACAGGAUGCACUUACCCCUGAAACAACGUUGUACGUCAGUGGCUGGGGAUUGCAGAGCGAGACGGGUGAGGAGGGUGUAUCGCCAGUGCUGCGUUACGUGGAUCUAACACAUGUGGAGCCGAAGGCCUGCAGAAGUGCUUAUUCCAAAGUGCUGCCCAUUACCCAGCGCAUGCUCUGCGCCAGCCGCGAGGGGCAUGAUAGUUGCCAAGGCGACUCUGGUGGUCCAUUGGUUGGCUAUCAGCCUGGCAGCAACGAGGGUAAGCUUUACGGCAUCGUUUCCUGGGGUCUCGGUUGCGCGAAGCGCGAAUAUCCGGGUGUUUACACGAGUGUGGCUUCAUUCAGGACUUGGAUUGAUGCUCAGGUGGGCGCCUGGGGAUGGAAUACGUUGCUAGCUGGUUGGAGUGGAUUGCAGAGGAUCAAUCAGAAUUGAUGGGAUAAGAACAACAAAGCAAACUGUGUUAUUUUAAAUGUAUAUUUUUUAAAAUUCUAAAA